AUGAAGCGUGAACUGGAAGGUAGUUAUGAGAGUGAGAGGAAGCGUGGUGUCGCUCAGGUGAAGGCCGAGUAUGUUGUAGGUGCCGCCAGUAAUGUGCGUGUGGAUGAAGAAGAAGCCGGGUCUGAGAGGUUUGUGCAAGGUGAAUUUGGUGGUAAGAAGAACAAGAAGAAGCGUGGGCAGAACAAGAACAGGGACAACAGACAGCAGAAGGAGACGCAUGCGCUGUGUCCCAAGUAUGUGCUUGCAGAUGUGACUAACCAGGUGGAUCUGUGUACCUUUGGAGACAAUUGUCGGUUUGUGCACGAUAUACCAACGUACUUGGAGCACAAGCGUCCCGAGAUCACUGACUCUGUGUUCAAGACGUGUCCCGUGUUUGAGACCUUGGGAUACUGUCCUAUGGGUUUUAAAUGUAGAUUCCUGUCCUCACAUAUGGACAAGGAGACGCAUAAACUGCUUGGUGAGUACCCGUCUGACCUUGCGAGUGCGUCGCAUGAGAUUAACCAUAUUACCCAGGACCAGAAGUACGACUUAAUUAAGAAGCGUUUCCCUUUCUCUAAGAGUGAACUAGUUCUGGAAAUCCUAGACUCAUUCCAAGAGGAGAACAGAGAAAUGCAUCGUGAAGCUGAGAAGGUGAAGGAAGAUCAACAAGAUAACGAGGAUGAACAGAAGGAGAAAGCUCCGCAAGUUGUGCAAAGAGAACUAGAAGCUCAGAAACGCAGGCAAAGACAAAAAGAUUUGUACUUACAAUACAAGGACACCAGAUUUUUUGCCCAGGAGAAAAAGCCACUUGAUCUAAGACAUAAGAAGAUUGUGUCUCCAUUAACCACUGUAGGUAACUUGCCAUAUCGUAGACUGAUGAGGACUCUUGGUGCAGACGUGACAUACUCCGAGAUGGCUCUGGCAGUGCCAUUGGUGCAAGGUACCAACUCCGAAUGGGCUUUACCAAAAGCUCAUGAAUCUGAGUACCCAGGAUUUGGUGUUCAAGUCGCUUGUUCAAAGGGCUGGCAGGCAAGUAAAGCUGCCGAGGCGCUUGCCACAUAUAUCCCCAAUGGUAUCAGCGAAAUUAACUUGAAUUCGGGCUGCCCAAUUGAUUUGUUAUACAGACAAGGCUCCGGUAGUGCUUUAUUAGAUAACCCUGCUAGAAUGAUCAGAUGUCUUAAUGCAAUGAACUAUGUCUCUGGUGAUAUUCCGAUUACUGUGAAGAUACGUACCGGUACCAAGGAGGGCCAUCCAAUCGCGGAUACGUUGGUACGCCGUCUUGUGUUCGAAACUGAUGUAGCUGCCAUUACUCUCCAUGGUAGAUCUAGACAGCAACGUUAUACAAAGGUCGCCGACUGGGAUUACGUCUCUCAAGUCGCCAAAGCUCUUCGUCAAGCCGAAGCCGAUUUCAUGGAGUCACCACAAGGUAAGGAGUCUCAUCAUGACGAGAAAACCAGACAUACACAAUUUGUUGGUAACGGUGAUAUCUUUAACUACACCGAUUGGUACCAACAUCUGGAAGACCCCGAAGUAGACUCCUGCAUGGUCGCCCGUGGUGCAUUGAUUAAGCCAUGGAUAUUCGAAGAGAUAAACGCCCAACAACACCUGGAUAAGACCAGCUCGGAACGUCUAGAAAUACUGAAGACCUACAGUAAGUUUGCCAUGGACCACUGGGGAACCGAUGAGUACGGUAUCGCCCUGGGACGUCGUUUCUUCUGUGAGUUCAUGUCUUUCUUCCACAGAUACAUCCCAGUGGGUAUCCUUGAGCGUGUACCUGUGCAACUCAACGAGAGACCACCGUUAUGGAAGGGCCGUGAUGACAUGGAGACACUAUUAGGAAGCUCUGACGUGAAGGACUGGAUCAAACUGAGUGAAAUGUUCUUCGGCCCAACAGAGGACUCCUUCGUAUUCACACCAAAACACAAGAGCAGCUCCUACAAGUAA